AUGCUUCAACCCCGAAUUGCCCUACGGGGCAUUCGGUUGCCCUUCAGGUGUCUACCUUCCCUUCCUUUGCCAGCCCGCGGCUAUUCAACCAUCGUCAAUGAAAUCGAAAAGAACAAGCCGAAGCCUAUCGAAACACCAUUGAACUCGUUUAUCGACCCCAACACUUCAUUCGCUCCUCCCCCCAGUCGCGACGCUUCGGGCGUUGUGCUGCGCACCUACACUCCGCGUACCCCCGGUAUCAGACAUUUACGGCGCCCAGUGAACGAUCACCUGUGGAAGGGCCGUCCGGUGCACAAGUUGACAUUCCCAAAGCGUGGUCAUGCUAAAGGUGGUCGUAACAACUCGGGUCGCGUCACUGUCCGCCAUCAUGGAGGUGGUGCGAAGCGUCGAAUUCGGACCGUUGAUUUCCUUCGCAUGGCCCCGGGGCCGCACUCAGUGGAGCGGAUCGAGUAUGAUCCCGGUCGCAGUGCCCACAUUGCCCUGACUGCUAGUAAGGAAACUGGUAAGUUGAGCUACAUCCUUGCAGCGGAUGGAAUGCGCGCCGGCGACGUCGUUCAGAGUUAUAUGUCCGGAAUUCCCGAAGACUUGUGGAAGAGUAUGGGAAGCACGGUCGAUCCUGGUGUGCUUGCUGCCAGAACUGCCUGGAGAGGAAACUGCUUGCCGUUGCACAUGAUUCCUGUGGGAACAUUGAUCUUCAACUUAGGCUUGCGACCUGGAAAGGGUGGUCAACUUUGUCGCAGUGCUGGAACCUAUGCCACGGUCGUGGCCAAGGGUAGCGACUCACGUCAGCAAACGAUUCAAGAUGAAGAGCCUGAGGCUGAAAAGAAGCCCUUGUCGCAGCGUGAGCAGCAGAAGCAGGAACGUCUUGCCCAGCACAUUACCGUCCGUCUCUCCAGUGGUGAGACUCGGCUUAUUCACAAGGAUUGCUGCGCUACUAUCGGUAUCACCAGUAACCCAAAUUACCACUACACCCAACUCGGAAAGGCCGGACGUUCACGCUGGCUCAACAUUCGUCCCACGGUGCGUGGUCUUGCCAUGAACGCCAUGGAUCACCCCCACGGUGGUGGACGUGGUAAGUCCAAGGGUAACGUCGACCCGAAGAGUCCCUGGGGUAUUCCGACCAAAUCCGGCUACAAGACCCGCCCGAAGUGGAAGAUCAACAAGGCCGUUGUUCACGCCAGACCUCGCAACCAAGGAAAGCGCCGUCGUGGAUACAACUAA